CUUCUCGCUCGUUAUUGGUCCUCCUUCUGUUUUGGGACAUUUCGUGAGUUAUGUUCUAUGCAAGUUUUGGUUGAUCUAAAAGUUGGUGAAAUUGAUAGGGGCUGAUGGAUAGGUGAGCUCACUCGACUGAGGACACAUACUCACACCACAAUGUCUGGGGCCCAGGAGUACAAGAGACGGCAACCCCCGAAAAUGUACUUGGUGGUAUCCAACCUAAAGAUUCAGGACCAGUUGGAAGGUACCAUCCGACUGCUACGGGGGAACCUCUGUCAGGAGCAAGAGGGGGGAAGGAGCAGGGGCGACCAACUGUGGGUAAAGGUGUUAGACUAUGGUUGUAUGGUAAAGAUUGACAAACAGCUCCUUAAAGAAGUCCCCACCGACCUGACCGGCCUAUUGGAGCCUGUAUCGGAUCCGGAGUCCCGCCUCAAUUUGCUAAUUAACCCCAAGCAACUUUACCGAUUGGCUGCCUUGCCCCUAGGCACCCCCCUCUAUGUCCAGAUGGGCCAACCAGGAGAGCUGGCGGAGGCAGAGCUGAGGUAUCGAGGACCGCUGACCAGAGGAAGUACUGCUGUGUUGUUUGGGGUGCAGCUGAAGGACUCAGCAGUAGGUAGAGGCAACAGUAAUGGUUCUUACAAAGGCCACCAGCUCUUCACCUGUCCCGAAGCCUCCGCCCUCUUCCUACCGGCCAAUCAGAUCAGGCUACGACGCUGGUCCCGUGCCAAUGACGACUAUCACAACAACGCUCUUCCUCCUCAACCUCAACCCCUCAUUGGUAACAUCAUUGCUAGAACGGCCGAAUCGUCUCCCAGCCUGGCCCCAGUCCUGGCUCGAAACCCCAGCUCCCCACCUCCCCUCCAGGUGGGCCACAGGGUGUGCUUCCCCCUGGAGGAUACUGUCCAUGGGGGAGAGGUGAGGUUCUGUGGGGUCCUGCCUGGACGGACCUCAACUGGGGUGUUUGUAGGAAUCCUGUUGGACAAUGCGGUUGGUAACUGGGAUGGUUCAUAUAAAGGAGAGAAGUUGUGCUCCAUCUCCUCUUCUCUGUAUGGAUGCCUGCUACCCAUCUCCAAGGUGUCCCCUGGUACGUCACUCCCUGGUUCAAAUGUUACGGCAGAUCAGAGAUCCUGUUUGGUUUGCUGUUGAGUUACUAUUAUGACAGUUAUGAGAGAGGGUGUAAUUGGAAAACAAAACGUUGUGGAAAAUCAUGACUGUUAGAUGACUGACGUCCUCCCUUCCUUUACCCCUGAUUCUCUUUCAUUUUCCUCCUACCGGUCUUUGAAUUGUGUGCUGUGUUUGACCGUUGACCUCUUAGC